UGGGAGAACAGUAAGUGUGUCCUUAAGAAGACUAUCUUUCGAGAACUACAGUCAUUGGGGGGUGAUACUAGAGUCACAAUGGAGGUUCCACCAGCAGCCAAGUUUGGUGAGACCUUUGUGUUUGAGGACAGCUUAGAGAUGCAGCAAGAACUCUUCCCAGAGGAGGACCUGGGGGACCCUUUUCUUCAGGAAAGAGGUUUAGAGCAAAUGGCUGUUAUUUAUAAGGAGAUCCCUCUCGGGGAGCAAGACGAGGAACAUGAUGAUUAUGAGGGCAAUUUCAGUCUGUGCUCAAGCCCUGUUCAGCAUCAGAGUACCCCCCCAGUAAACAGAUCCCAGGAUGAUGAAAUCUUCAGCCCAACCUUCUUCCAGAAAUCAGACCUUAGUAUGUGUCCGAUAAUCCACAGUGGAGAGGAACCCAAUAAACACAGUUGUGAGAAGGCGAGCAGGGCACACUCAGGACCUAACAAACCUCACAGAACUGCGCCACCCGCAAAACCCUAUGCGUGUCGGGAAUGCGGGAAGGCCUUCAGCCAGAGCUCACACCUUCUCAGGCACCUGGUGAUUCACACUGGGGAGAAGCCCUACGAGUGUUGUGAGUGCGGGAAGGCCUUCAGCCAGAGUUCACACCUUCUCAGACAUCAGAUAAUUCACACUGGGGAGAAGCCCUACGAAUGUCGGGAAUGCGGAAAGGCCUUUCGUCAGAGCUCAGCCCUCACACAACACCAGAAAACCCACACUGGGAAGAGACCGUAUGAGUGUAGGGAAUGCGGGAAAGAUUUCAGCCGGAGCUCAAGUCUCAGAAAACACGAGAGAAUCCACACGGGAGAGAAACCUUAUCAGUGCAAGGAAUGUGGGAAAUCCUUCAACCAGAGCUCUGGCCUGAGCCAGCAUCGGAAAAUCCACACCUUGAAGAAGCCUCACGAAUGCACUCUCUGUGGGAAAGCCUUUUGUCACAGGUCCCACCUCAUUCGGCACCAGAGGAUUCACACUGGGAAGAAACCUUACAAAUGUGAAGAGUGUGGGAAGGCCUUCAGCCAGAGCUCCAACCUCAUUGAACAUCGUAAGACUCACACCGGCGAAAAACCCUACAAAUGCCAUAAGUGUGGGAAAGCCUUCAGCCAGAGCUCCUCCCUCAUCGAGCACCAGCGCAUCCACACUGGGGAGAAGCCCUAUGAGUGCGGCCAGUGUGGGAAGGCCUUCUGCCACAGCUCUGCCCUGAUUCAGCACCAGAGAAUCCACACUGGGAAGAAACCCUACGCGUGCAACGAGUGUGGCAAAGCCUUCCGGCACAGGUCAGCCCUUAUUGAGCACUAUAAAACCCACACCAGAGAGAAGCCCUAUGAGUGUAACAAAUGUGGCAAGUCCUUCAGGGGAAGCUCACAUCUUAUUCGGCAUCAGAAAAUCCAUGCUGGGGAGAAGCUCUAGAAGGAGGAGCUCACACCAAAGCUUGAAACCCUUUCCCAGAUGGAACCCACACCCCAUCGCCUUGUCUGUAAGACCCCACCCACCUCCCUGAUCCCAGGGCCGAGUGGAAACGUGCCACCCCCAGAGCUUCUGGCCACCCACGCUGGCAGCCAGGCCCCCUCGCGCCCCUCCCCCAGGCGCCCCACACGCAGCAGGUUUACUGAGUGGGAGGGUGGAG